AUGGGUGGCAGGCGCCUUCUCCACGGCAAUUACUUCACACGUUACCUUUUCGGCUCACUCGCUGUUAUCUGGAUUGCCGAAUAUGCUGCUGCCUGUCAAUACGGUAUACCACGCCAUCGUAAUCCCAACUGGAUGUGGUCUUGGUGGCUCGAGAAGCAGAACCAGAUAAAAAAUGGUGAGAUACCAGCCAACACCCCAGGUUAUGCUAUGGUCAAGUGGAACAAUGAGGCCGAACAGAGAUGGCUCAAGACGCUCAAUGUUGAGGCUAUGAACGAGGAAUUCGCCCGCCGUCGGGAAGCUUAUUACAAGGGUCAUCACGGUGGUCACUAA